AUGGCCGAAGCCCUAACCGUAAUAGAGGUCGCCCUCUGCAUUACUGAAGUAGUCGAGCGCCUCUGCAAAUACAUCUCGGCUGUCAAAUCCGCCAAAGAUGACAUCCGCAAGCUCACUCAGGAGCUCCUCGCCCUCAAAGGCGCAAUGGACCACUUCCACACACAAAACGAGCGUAGCAUGGAUAACCCGCUACAGGAGCAGGCUCGCGCCAUGCUCAAGAUGACUCAGGAGACCCUCGACGCCAUACGAAAGAAGCUCGGUACGCCAAAGACGUCGUCCUUGGGCCGCGCUGCCCAAAGUCUUGCCUGGCCUUUUCGGCAGGGCGAUGUAGAGACGUAUUUUGCUACUGUCGAGAGAGCCAAGACCUGGUUCAUCAUGGUACUGAUGCGGGAUUCACUCGAUACUACGGCAUCUGUGUUGUCAGAGAUGCAGAAGCUGACGGCGCUUGUGCAUGAGGAUAUUAUUGCGCGCAAGACGGAUCGGAUGCUGGAGGAGACGGCUGAUUUGCUAAAAUGGCUUUCGCCUGUCGAUAGUGAGGACAAGCUUUUCAGUUCUAGGCAUGAUCGCGCACCGGGUACUGGCAGAUGGAUAGUCGAUAAGACGUUCCUGGAAUGGCAAAGGAGCACUUCCACUGAUCGGCCAGUAUUCUGGAUCACUGGAAGGUCAGGAUCCGGCAAGACGGUGCUUUUCUCGCAACUCGUUGAGGACCUCAGAGCACACCCUGGCGAUGAGGCCUCGGAAGAGAACGGCAACAUAGGCGUCGGUUUUCAUUGCUGCUCUCUAGACGACGCGGCAUCCCAAGCCGUGCCGAACGUCUUUGGCUCCAUCCUGGCCCAGAUAGGAGCGACGAAUCCCAGUAUCCUCGAUCACGUCCGGCCACUGAGGAAGUUGGGGAACAACCUGAUCCCGCAGAACAACCUGACCGUCGAACAGAUCUACGGCGUAAUGGGCGAAGCUCUGGGAUUAUUUGAUGCUUUUUAUCUCAUGAUUGACGCUCUCAACGAGACGAGCCAAGAACCUGUCAUUGUCGAAGCCCUCUUGCACCUCUGCUCGAAGCACUCUAACCUACGGGUCCUAGUUACUUGUACGCGCGAGCCGGCGCAGCUUGAACCCAGCAUAUACGUCCGACACAUGAGCACACAGUCUAUAGAUUGUGAUAUCGAGGUGUAUGUGGAGAAAAGGCUCUCAAGCGAACACAGUUUCCAGUCCUUGAGUGCGAAAAUACGGACCGAGAUCAAAGACAAGGUCACAUCAGAAGCGGAUGGGACACUCAGCACCCUCCGCACUGGAAGAGACGUACGACGAGCUCUGGUCGAUAUCCCGUCCACACUCAAUGGGUUUUACGCCGGUAUCCUCACCCGUGUACCCCAACAAGACCGGGCCAUGGCCCGCGAGGCUCUUGCCUGGCUCUGCUUCUCUCUCCGGCCGCUUCAUCUCAAUGAGCUCGCCGAAGCUAUCGUCCUCGAAGGUGACGAAGUCGACAUUGACGAUGACGACCGACUCACCGACCCCUCUGCCAUCAUCGAGAUCUGCCAGGACCUAGCCCACGUAAGCGACCACCAUGUCACCCUCGCCCACGACUCCAUCCGCACAUUUCUACAAUCAGAAUGGAUACGAACUUCCUCUGCCUCGGAAUACGCGCUGGACGCAGCCGCCUGUCACCAAAAGAUCAUGCGCAAGUGCCUCGCCUACCUCAGACUCGAGCCCUUCACCACAGGCCCCUUGGACGAGCUCCGGCACGUGAAGACCAGGUUCGCAGCCUACCCGCUGCUCAAUUACGCUACAAACAUGUGGCCCAUCCACUCUGAGCGCUUCCCCCUCGCAGACGAAGACGAGAAGCUCAUCCUCGACUUCUUCGACACCAAGAAGCUCUCGCACGGCGGGGCCUUUGAGGCGUGGGUGCAAUUCGUUCUGCGCUCGUCGGACCUGGACGUCAUUCGGCACACGGAACCGCUCUACUACGCCGCGUCGUUCAACAUGACGUCUGUCCUGCAGUUGAUACUGAGACCUGAGUACAAGGUCGACGUCAACAAGAGAGGCGGACGGUUCUCGUCGCCCCCGUUGUUUGUGGCCCUUUGGAGGGAUAAUGUCGAGGCGGCCAUGUUGCUGCUCAGGGCCGGGGCGAAUCCGGAUUCUUGGGAUACGAGUGGGCAGACUAGUCGGCAACUGGCCACGAGUCGAAAGCACCACGAUGUCGUCAAGCUCAUGGAGGAGAUGAGUCCGGCGGGGGCAAAAAGGGCGCCGACUUGGAAUUGGGAUAGGAGAGCUGAGGAACAGCGGGCGAUGGAAGACGCUCUUGCACAAGCGAGACUGAGAAGCUAUAUGGAUGAGGGCUCCUGA